CCUCUCUCUCCCCUGUCAACAUAGAUGGCUGUGUUUGCACCAUACUGUUCAUUCAGGCCAGUGGCCCUGGUGGAGCCUGCAAGAAAGUCCUUCGAGGGGUUGUGAGGAGUUUACCUGCAGGGCAAGUGGAUCUUUGAUGUGGACGUGGGCUUUGUCACUUUAAAAACCCAAGAGACUUUACUCUGUUUGGGUUUAGCCACCUGCCGGGAAAGCUGUUGACUUCUGAAAAGGGGAGAUUUGGAUUACAGCAAGAACCUGUGUGUACUGAGCUUUGUUCUGACCUUUCUGAUUCUUGGACGUGUGGACUCAAGGGGAGAAUGUCCACAAUGUCCAGUGAAGGUGAUGCUGGAGGUCAGCCUUCCACAACCACAAUCAGCACCGUGGCCGUACAGGCUGGAGACGCACAGAUUGUUAUAGCAGUGCUCAAGUGUGGGGAGCUGGUGCAUCUACAGCUGAUUGAAGCACAACCCAACCUCUUGGAGAUUGGAAACAACCAGGAUGAGACCAAAAAGCUUCUAGAGGAACAUGAGCAGCUCCUUGCCAAACUUAAGAAAAAUGAAGGAGGUGUGUGGGCUUUGCUGGAGGAGGCAGAUAAAACAGCAGCUCAGAAGGAAGGAGAGGGGCUGGUGUAUGAGGCAAUGGCUGUUUCUCUCAGCGAGGCUUGGAAAACUCUGGUGACCCAGCUGGAGAAGAGGAGAUCCCUUCUGAUCUUGGCUUGCCAUUUCUUUGAGUGUGCUCUGGAGUUUGCCAUCAGGAUAGAUGAAGCUGAGGGCUUUCAGAGUGUUGGCCGGAAGUCGACCACUGCAGAUGACAUGAAUGAAUUGCUUCAGAGACACAGCAGUAUUAAAAGAGGGAUGUUGGAGAAGUCAAUGCUGGUGUUGAAUAAGAGUCGUGAGUUGCUGGAAUUUUUGAAGGACUUCCAGUCCGAGAAGGCCCUGCAGUAUGGCAGAGCUUCUCAUGGGGCCUGGAGCAGCUUUGGAAAGGUUGAAGGUCUAAUGGAGAUUCUGCAGGACAGACGCAGGCAAGUGGACCUUUGCAUGAGACAACAGCAGCAUGAGCUGGAAACAAUCUCCCGCAUUUGCCAAUGGGAGCGACAGGAACAGGAGGUAUCACAAUGGUUUAAGGAAAAGACUACUUUGCUCUUGGAAAACAGUCAUCUGGGUUCAUCUCUGUCAGAAAAUGAAGACUUACUACAUGAAUGCAAAGAGUUUGAACAGAAAGCCAAGGACUGGGGUGUGCUGGUCGAGAGGUUACUACAGCAGGCAUCAGAUUUGCUUUCCUCGAAUGAGUCCACACAACUUCAGCGCUUGUCAGAGAAGAGUGAGAACCUCAAAACUACACACGAGCAGUUCUGGAACCUCAUGAUGAAUCGUCUGGCUCAUUUGCAGGAGAGCAAUGCCUUUUACAGCAGUGCUAAUAAAGCAUUUGAGGUGCUGGGCACCAUAGAGAUUGCUAUAAAGGAUCUGAAGACUCAACCUCUGUCAUUACCUGAGCUGGCUAGGAAACAUGAAGAGUUUUCACGCAGUAUAAAAGACUCAUCCAGCGAGCCUCUUCAGAGAGGUCAGCUGUUACUUCAGAAGCUCGACCCACAAAGUGCCCAAGUUGGUGGGAUACAAAGAAUGCUGGGAUACAUCAAAGAGAGAAUUGAGGUUCUGAGCCACGAGUGUCAUGCCCACAGAGCGUUAUCAGGCAAAAGGCAGCAGCUGGUGUCCUCAUUCGAAGAACUAGUGGAUAAGGUCUCUGCUUGGAUUAAGAGUAGCAACAGUGUCCUCUCUGCCAGCACAGAGCCAGGUUCAUCUCUAACUGAGGCAGAGGACACCCUUAAUAAGCAUGUUGAGCUACUCUCACAGUCUCAGGAUGCUAUGAGAGAAUCAGAGGCCAUAGCUGGUUUUAUAAAAGAACUAAAGGGACUGGAAUCCUCAGAGACAGUCGAGUUGUCUAACAAAGCUUCAAUUCUGGCAGAGGAGAUGAAAACAUUGGUGAGGAACAUAUCAUCGCAUGUGGAGAGCCUCAGGCCCUAUGUGGACUUUUUGCGCUGUGCAGAUGAGGUUGAGGAGCAGAUAAGGAUACUUCAGGAAUGCUACAAGAACAAGCCAGAGGAAGAGGAGGAAAAUGAAGGAGCAAGUGCAUCAAUGAAGGAAAUGUUGGAUGCUAAGUGGCAGUCACUGCUGCAGAGGUUUUUUACCAUGCAGGAUCUAGGAAACAACUUUAUUAAUUCCUCCAACAUGAUCAGUGGCAGCCUGAAUCUAAACGUUAAAGCAGCAGUGCAUGUUGUAGAAAAAUAUAUGGAGACACUGACCAAGAAGAAAUCUGAACUAGCAGACUUGUGGACAUCUUGGCAACUUCAUUAUAGUCAGAUAAAAUCUGUGAAGAAGCAAUGGAAAAAAUGUAAAGAUCAGCUUAAAAAGGUUCUUCAUGAUUUAAGGGCAAUGGAGGAGAUUUUUGCUCCAGCAUCAAAGGUUGAUUUGGGGGGUGAUCCUCAGCCUGUGUCUAAACUACAGGAGAAAUUCAAUGCUGUUAAGCCAGAAUUCAUGCAACUGAAUGCAGAGGUGGAAUUCCUGGUUAAGACAUCUGAGCUGCUCGGCUUGAAGGGGAUACCGGUAAAAGAGAAGAAUGAGAAAGUUUCUGAGCUUAUACAGCUACAUCAGCGUGUCAGGGAUAAAAUCAGGGAGUAUGAAACCGUUCUCAGUAUGGCCAGUAAAUUUCACCAGCUUUAUCAAGAGUUGGAUACCGUCCUACACACAGAACCAGUGACUGUGUUCAGUGACACCAAUCAGGCCAGGACUCAGUUGACUCAGCACCAAGAGAGGCAGAGGCACAUCCGCCAUCUGUAUAAACUCGCCCUCUCGCUGGGUGCAGACCUCACCAGCACUGUGCAGCAGUCGCAUGUGCUGGUGUUGUCAGUGCAGCAGUUACAGGAGAAACUGGUAAAGUUGGAGAAAGGAAGCACUGACUGGAUCGCUGAGGCUAAUAAGUGUGAAGAGAGUUUGAUAAGCAACAUCCACUUCUGCCUUCAUAAGGAAGAAAUCAGUGAGCUGAAAGAGUCCUUUAAAGAUCUCAAAAAGAAAUUCAACAAUUUGAAAUUUAACUACAUGAAGAAAAACGAGAAGUCGAGAAACGUGAAGGCGGUGAAAAAUCAGAUCCAGCAAAUUGAGGUUUAUAUUGAAAAGCUACAGGUUUUGAAGAAGAAGCUGCAAGCCUUCACUCUGAAAGUAUCUAGCAGCAGCGAGAGACAUUUAAUUGGCAACAGCCUCAGAGAGAUUGAGGAUGCCUCAAAUGAGCUGCAGAGACAGGUGGGCGACUUUGACAGGGCAGUGGAGGAGUACAAACAGAACCUGGACAUGAACGUCAAGCUCCAACAAGCUUUAGAGGAGUAUCAGUUCUGGUGCGACGAGGCAAGUUCCACAAUUGUCCGUGUGGGUAAAUAUUCCUCUCAAUGUAAGACUAAGGAAGCCGUCAGCUCUCUCUACAAACAGUUUGAAAAAUUUGUGUGGCCCACAAUACCACAGCAAGAGGAGAGAAUUAGCCAGAUCACAGAGCUGGCAGUGCGGUUACAUGGUGCUGAAGAAGGAAAGAAAUAUAUGGAGAAAACCAUCAACAAACACCAUGAAAUUGUGGAAUCAAUAAAAGAACUGUCAAAUGGACUGCUGGACCUUGAGGCCAAACUUCAGCUAGAGACUUUGAAACAACCUCUUACACCUGAAGACAACAGAAAAUGGGACACCAUUGAUACGCCUGAACCAAAGGAAAGUGGACAUACCCCUGAGAUGACAGGCCCACACUGUACUAAAGAGAUACCUGUUGGCAAGAAUCCAGAAAACAAGAAAUCUCAGCUUCGCAAAACACGAAGCCAAGAUCUGCCAGACAAGCAUCAUCCGGAGCAUCAAAAAGUGCUACAAGAGACCAGGUUGCACACCCAGGAGGCCUAUUCCAAGACCAGCAAAGUGGAGACCAUCAUGUGCAAAUCUAAUAUAGAGAGGAGAGAGGAAAUGCACACUUCCAUCUCUCACUCCCACACCAUUAAUGUGAGCCAUUCCCCUGUGGAGCGGGAUAAGAGGAGUCAUACUAUGCUGCAAACCAAGAGGAGCUCACAAGAAACUCCUCCUCCUCCACCUCCACGGGAUCCAGCUUUAUCUCGCCCCAUCAUCAUAGAUAUCCAAAGGGAGUUGCAGGGUACAGAGAAACAGCAUCCUGUUCAGAAGACCAACUCUGAGGACAAAUAUCAGGCCUGUAGAAAUCAUCCUUUUCACUUAUAUUCCAAGACAGCAGCUCAUCAUUCUUUAGAGGAGGACUUUUUGUCACAUGGGACACCAGAGCCAGCAGUUCCUGUAGGAAGUGUACCGGAGGGUGAGUUCCAGCCUGACCAUCUCACGGAGGAAUCACUCUCCAAUGAUGAAUAUGAGUGCACCUCCCCAGAUGACAUCUCCCUGCCUCCCUUAUCUGAGACUCCAGAAUCCAACAUUAUUCAGUCAGAAAAUGACCUUGAUGAUGGCUAUUGCGUGAGCUCUCACAGCCAUCGUAUUAACCAAUUCAGCCACCAGUCCCAUUCCCAGCACAGCGACACCCUACACCAGAGGCAGCGGGAGUGGAUGUCGAGCCAGGCCGAGAGCUACCCAUCUCCCACCACUGGCUUGGGUGCCAGAUUUAGAGCAGAAUCAUCCUCCUUUGUUCCAAGCCCCCUCACAGUACCUGCCCCUAGUCUUGUGUCAAACACCAUCUCCAGCAUCUUAAAGAAAUCUGGCAACCCACCACCAGACAGCAUCACUGAAACAGUUUACUCAGUGCAUGAGAGUCAUAGUGAAAUGCAAAAGUGUGUGCAUGAGUCUAGUAUGGGUCAGUGCCACAGCGCUCAGCCCAAUAACACGCAUGCUACCCCUACCCCAUUAACCACAGAGCUGGACUCGGAUCUCUGCAAGCCCACAGCCAUCCGAGAGGAGAUCAGGCGAGCAACUUCAAAAAAGGUUAUGGGAAAACUGACAGGCGGCACAGGUCCUAACUUCUCUAAACCCUUGUCUAAUGCCACGGUAAUGGAAGGCUCUCCGGUGACCCUGGAGGUGGAAGUCACUGGAUUCCCUGAGCCUACAUUAACCUGGUUCAAGAAUGGACACAAACUGGCCAAUGAUGAGCACAUAGAACUGUCCCAUAAAGAAGGCAAGCAUGCGUUGUUCAUUCACAGCUCUGCAGUGAGAGACUCUGGGCAGUAUGUGGUUACUGUCUCAAACUCAGCUGGCACAAUCUCAUCCAGCUCCAUGCUACAGGUCAAAGCGCACAGGGCCUCUCCACACCUCCUCUCCAGACUGGAUGAGCAAAAUGUAUUGGUGGAAGAAGACCUCAGCUCACACUGCACUUAUCCUCAAGUGCUCUGCAUGAAUGAUGUUAAGGUUUCAGCAUGUGACAAGAGCCAACUGAAUGAUCCAACCAUUUCAUCCAUAAGAAGUGUUGAUACAUCAGAUUUUUGAGCCUGUACUUGUCUGAUGACAGAUAUGUCAUCUGCCAGAUGUGAACUCUGCCAAGGUGACUUUUAGAGACUAUCACAAAAAAUAUACAGCAGUAAUAAUAAUAAUAAUAAUAAUUUGUUUGUAUAUUUUUAACAGAAGCCAAAACCACCAUAAAGGCCACUGAUUAUGGUCACAGAUGCUGUUUAGGGGAAAAUUCACUGAGCCUAAUCUUUGUGAAUUGUUCAACAAAAAUGGAUAAUAUCUGGAACACUGUGUGUUAUGCUCUGUUUAGUUUCAUUUUCAUGAACUUUUAGUUUGUUUCUCUUCAGUUACCUGUUCCCUUUGUUCCAUUUUCCUGCUCUUCAUUUGGUACCAUGGUUAUUAAUAGUUGUCAUUUCUCUGUAUUUGAGUUCACCACCAUGUGUAUUUAAGUUCCUCAUUUCCUUUUGUUCAGUAUUGUUUGUGCAUGGCACACUGUUUCGUUUUGUGUUAAUUGAUAUUACUUUGCCUGUGUUUAUUUUAUAUUAAUAAAUUACAUUUAUAUUUGGAUCUA